CAAAGCCUCAUCACAGCAGUAGCGUUGUUCGAGCCAUCACCUGUAUUGCAAGCAAAAUGAACAUCGACCGCCCUACACGUGGAAUCCGAGUGCCGUGGAGGUCACGGAGACACCAACGUCCGCAUCACUCCGAGAGGCUCGUCGAAAGGCGUCUGAAAUACCUGGACCUUCUUCCACCGUCGCUCAAGGGUCAUGCCGUGGCCUGCAUUGGCGAGUUCGUGGGUACAUUCAUGUUCCUGCUCUUUGCCCUGGGUGGAACAAACGUUGUCAAUACCGCUCCAGCCGAGGGUGCUAACGCGACGGACCUGAGUGCGAACCCCAGCAAGAUCAUGUACAUUGCGCUUGUCUUUGGCAUGUCUUUGAUGGUGAACGCAUGGGUAUUUUUCCGUAUCAGUGGUGGCCUCUUCAAUCCUGCAGUCACGUUGGGCAUGAUGGUUGUAGGUGCGACAGGCUACUCACGCGGCGUCUUGAUCGUCGUCUCUCAGAUACUAGGUGGUUUAGCGGCCUCUGGCGUUGUCUCUGCCAUGAUGCCCAAUGUCCUGGCCGUCAGGACUGAGUUAGGUGGUGGUACUACGGUGGUCCAGGGUCUCUUCAUCGAGAUGUUUCUGACUGCCCAGUUGGUAUUUACAAUCUUUAUGCUUGCUACUGAGAAGCACGAGGGUACCUUCAUCGCACCUGUUGGCAUUGGUCUAUCGCUCUUCGUAGCGGAGCUCAUGGGCGUCUUCUACACGGGAGGGAGUGUCAAUCCAGCUCGCUCAUUUGGGCCAGCUGUGGUGACGCGUACCUUCGCACCGUACCACUGGAUCUAUUGGGUUGGUCCCAUCCUCGGGUCUUUGCUAGCCAGUGUUUUCUACUUGCUCAUUAAAGCUCUCGAAUACGAGUCAGUCAACGCCGAUAACGAUCCCAAGAAGGUUCUGCGCGAGAAAUUCACAGCACGAGCGACAGCAGCGCCCGGAUGGCUCUUUGGAGGCGUAAAGUGA